AUGAACGUAUUCUAUGAGGUGCAGGCACCCCAACAUGCUGCUGUAGAAGAAGAUGAUGGAAGAAGUGAGACAGCCGCCAGUGUGAAAGGUUCGGAGUCUUUCGCCUCCUCCUUGGACUUCAAUCUCUCGGAACGAGUAGACUAA